AGCGGCCGAGCUGGGGGCCGGGGCCGCUUCCGCACGCCCAUCCGCCAGCUUCUCUGCUUUCCAUCUUGUCGGAGAAGCGGCGGCGACCUCGGCCUCCACCCUCUCGGGCGGAGUGAAUCUGCGGCGGCCGGGAUGGUACUGCUGGGCUUGCUGCAGGCAGGAGGGUCGGUGCUGACCCAGGCUGUGGAGCAGGUGACGGGCGGCAGCCUCCUGUCCACGCUGCUCAUCGCCUGCGCCUUCACCCUCAGCCUGGUCUACCUCAUCCGCCUCGCCGUCGGCCACCUGCUCCAGUUGUCAGCCGGAACGAAAACUCCCCCCUAUAUUUUCUCUCCGAUUCCAUUCCUUGGGCAUGCCAUAGCAUUUGGAAAAAGUCCAAUUGAGUUCCUGGAAAAUGCAUAUGAGAAGUAUGGACCUGUCUUUAGUUUUACCAUGGUGGGCAAGACGUUUACAUACCUUCUGGGCAGUGAUGCUGCAGCGCUGCUUUUCAACAGCAAAAAUGAAGACCUGAAUGCAGAGGACGUCUACAGCCGGCUCACCACGCCCGUGUUUGGGAAGGGAGUCGCAUACGACGUGCCUAAUGCGGUUUUCUUGGAGCAGAAGAAAAUGUUAAAAAGUGGCCUUAAUAUAGCCCAUUUUCGACAGUAUGUCUCUAUAAUUGAAAAAGAGACAAAGGAAUACUUUGAGAGUUGGGGAGAAAGUGGAGAAAAAAAUGUGUUUGAAGCACUUUCUGAGCUCAUAAUUUUAACAGCUAGUCAUUGUUUACAUGGGAAAGAAAUCAGAAGUCAGCUCAAUGAGAAGGUGGCUCAGCUGUAUGCAGAUUUGGAUGGUGGUUUUAGCCAUGCUGCCUGGCUGUUGCCAGGCUGGCUGCCUUUACCCAGUUUCAGGCGCCGAGACCGGGCUCAUCGUGAGAUCAAGAAUAUUUUCUAUAAGGCCAUCCAGAAGCGCAGAGAGUCCAAAGAGAAGUUCGAGGACAUCCUGCAGACCUUAAUGGACUCCACUUACAAGGACGGGCGCCCGCUGACCGACGAUGAGAUUGCGGGGAUGCUCAUUGGGCUGCUGCUGGCUGGCCAGCACACAUCGUCCACCACCAGCGCCUGGCUCGGCUUCUUCUUGGCCAGAGACAAACCGCUUCAGGAAAGGUGCUAUUUAGAGCAGAAGGCCGUGUGUGGGGAGGACCUGCCGCCUCUCAAUUACGACCAGCUCAAGGAUCUAAAUGUGCUUGACCGCUGUAUACGAGAAACGCUGAGACUGAGGCCUCCUAUCAUGACCAUGAUGAGAAUGGCCAAAACUCCCCAGACUGUAGCAGGGUACACCAUUCCACCAGGACAUCAAGUAUGUGUCUCUCCUACUGUUAACCAAAGACUUAAAGACUCAUGGAUAGAACGUUUGGACUUUAAACCUGAUCGCUACCUCCAGGAUAACCCAGCAUCAGGAGAGAAGUUUGCCUAUGUCCCAUUUGGAGCCGGACGUCAUCGUUGCAUUGGGGAAAAUUUUGCCUAUGUACAGAUUAAGACAAUUUGGUCCACCAUGCUGCGUUUGUAUGAAUUUGAUCUCAUUGAUGGAUAUUUCCCAUCUGUGAAUUACACAACUAUGAUUCACACCCCUGAAAAUCCGAUUAUCCGUUACAAACGAAGAUCCACUUGAGAGGGGCUGCAAGGAGCUAAUGUGGGCUACACCGCUGUAGGAUGCAGAAGCCUUGGAAGAGAAUGGCCUUGACCAAACAACUCGCUGUGUGCUGUUUUUCUGAAUGUGUAAUUCUAAAAGCCAGUUUAACUUAUGAUUUUAAUAUUUUAUUAACUUUGAAUAGUUCUAUCCAAUCUAAUGGCAUUUGAAACUUGUUUUCUAAUAGUUUUGAUAUGAUCCUUUAAGGAAACCCAUUGAAUUGAGAGAGACUAGGUCCCUGGCAGAUUCUAGGUAAACAGUUUCCAGGUAAGAUUUUAAAGCUGAGUUCUUAGCAAGUAAGUACAGAGAACCCAAAUCUUGGAUGAGUUUGAUAAGGUCUGAAAAGCCCAAUGAAAUACCGUGAAGUCAUUAGUCCCUUGUUUACUUUGGUAGCUUUUGUGUAGGAGGAUGGAAGGGCAGGAAGUAGAGACAUUUAAAGACUUAGAUAAAAGAGAGCAGUGUCCCAGGGUUAAGAUGUAUAAAAUAUAAGCUUGUUUACCUGGAAGCAGGGGUCCAGGACAACAGGUGAUGAAGACCAUGGCUUGAUCACCGUUUCCUGUAGACAAUUAGUAAUACUGAAAGUUGGUCUCUAUCUGCAUCUGGCCACUAAGUAUUACAGAAUUAUCAGAUGGAGAAAUCUGUAUGUGGUCCCCAGGUGUAAAUCUAAAUUCAGGUCAUUGAGGAGUUACUGUGUUUCUCUUCUGUGGCUCUAGGUUUUGCCAUUUCCUCUGCAGGAUUCAGUCAGGGCUGCUUGUUACUGUUUGGUUGAUUCUAAUAGUUUGAGGCCAGGAAGUGCAGAGUAUUCACCAGGAAGUGCCACACAGCAGAUAUUCUGGCCAUCGUGGCCAGCACAUGUUCAACAGAAGUUACACCUUGGGACCAACAUUAUCUGCCUGUAGUUUGAGCAUAUCAUGUUCUUACCAGAUGAAACCAACGUAUUUCCCCUUAUGUACAUUACAGUUUUAAGAGGCUGGAAUUCAUGUUGAGAUUUUAAUUGUGAAGGCCAAAUUUGUGCUGUUAAGACAAUUUUUCACAUUAAAGUUUUCUGUGAAGAAUGACUGUA